AAUGAUUCCCAGCUUUUCAAAAGAAAAAGAGAUUGAAGAUUUUUAGGUUUGUUCUUCCUCCUCAAUCGGUGUUGUUUCGGUGCUUUCUGGGAAUCUAAUCGAAGAGAUUUCGAACAACACCCCUUUUGAGAUUUCUGGUUUUUACGAACGAAACCCCUCUUUCAAGAAUUCUUUGAAUCGAUUAUAUAAUAAUAUAUACUCUCAAUUCCGAUUGAAUUUUUGUAUAAUCGGAAUUUGUGUGAUUUUAUCGUAUAAAACCCUGAAAUCCCUCUUUGUAUUAUCGAGGAUUUAUAAGAUAAAAAUCAGAAAAAAGAAUGGUGUCGGCAAAUAGGGAGAUGGUUGUGUAUUGCUUCGAUACACUCGUGGCUCAUUACAAUGGCGAACAAGUUCCUCCUCCUGCUUUCGAUGAGGGUCAACACCCCUUAUUUGUCACUUGGAAGAAAGUCGUGAAUGGUUAUGAACCACGUUUACGUGGAUGCAUAGGGACUCUUGCGGCUCGCGGCAUAGUAAAUGGUUUCAAAGAUUACGCUUUAACCAGUGCUUUGAGGGAUCAUCGAUUCCCUCCGAUACAGGCUAAAGAGUUGCCGUUCUUGCAAUGUACAGUUUCGAUUCUUACUAAUUACGAAAAUGCUGCUAACCAUCUCGAUUGGGAGGUCGGAAAGCAUGGUAUAAUUAUUGAGUUCACUGAUCCCGACUAUAAUACAAAGCGAGGUGCAACAUACCUACCUGAUGUGGCUGCUCAAGAAGGUUGGACAACGAUUGAGGCAAUCGACUCUCUGAUGAGAAAAGCCGGCUACAACGGCACCAUUACCGACUCCGUGAGGAGCCGUAUUCGGCUGACUCGUUAUCAAAGCACGUUGUUCACCAUGCACUACACCGACUACGUUAACUAUGUGAAAACGACGAGGGGCACCGCCCCGUCUGUCGUCGGCCUCAAAGCUCAUUAACCUAUUUAACUCAUUGGGUACCAUUUAAGAAAAAAAACUUGUAAGGUUAUUUGAAAGAAAAGGUGUCUCUAUUUAUGCACCCACCCAUAUCCAUAUCUGCUGUAGUUGCUGUGAAACUGUAUCUAAAUUGUUGGUCCAUUUGAAUUGGAUGUUAAAAAACACCAUCAUCGUUCCACUCAAACCUUCAACACAUUUGAUGUUUGUAAUAUAUAUAUGCAACAUGAUGCUGCACUUUUAUGUCUA